AUGAGCUCACCAAGAAGAAGAAUUGAGACGGAUGUGAUGCGAUUAUUGAUGAGUGAUUAUGAAGUAACACUUAUUAAUGAUAAUAUGCAAGAGUUUUAUGUUCAGUUCCGGGGGCCAGAAGAAACGCCGUUUACGGGAGGGGUAUGGAAGGUGCAUGUUGAGUUGCCGGACCAAUAUCCAUAUAAAUCGCCGUCUAUUGGGUUUAUGAACCGUAUUUUCCAUCCGAACAUUGAUGAGCUAAGUGGUUCAGUAUGUCUGGAUGUGAUUAAUCAGACGUGGUCACCGAUGUUUGGUAGUAUAGAGGAGAGGAAUAUUUUUAUAUUAAGAAAUCGUAUAGAUAUGAUUAAUAUUUUUGAGGUAUUUCUACCACAGUUACUUCGAUAUCCAAAUCCAUGUGAUCCGCUUAAUGGGGAGGCGGCAGCGUUAUUAAUACGGGAGCCUAAGACGUAUGAGAUGAAAGUACGGGAUUAUGUUUCUCGAUAUGCAACGAAGGAGAUUAUGGAGACAGUAAUGGUUGAGAACUCUGAAAAUGAGGAGAUGAGUAGUGUAGGUAGUUUUAAUUCAGAAGAUCCGGUAGCAGAAAUGGAGGUAUAA